UCGUAUUUCCAGAGCCAAAAAUGCCGACUUUCGAUUGGCUUAAUCCGUACCCUCGGGAAAUGUUCCCCGAAGUAUCCGACGAUGAUCUCGAAAUCAUGACGGAUGCUUUGCUGAAAACGGUCGACGGCAUAGUGUUACUCAAUCUGGACUCCAUGGACGAAGAUUUCAUACUGGAAUUAGUGGAAAGCAAGUUUGAUAAGUUGUGUGAUUGUUUGCCUGAAUCCGUGCGCGUCGGUGACAAAGUGGAAUACGGUACUUUGCUCAUGAAUGUCGUGAACAGUUGGAAUCAUUGGAUCAAGUGUGGGACUCAGUACUUGAAGCAGGACGGUAUGCAAAGAGUUCCGGCGAGCAAGGAUUUCCGGUCUUCGUUUUGGUUGAUGCUGGAACACUUCGACGUCAAGUCCCUGGCACUAGUCGCCCUUCUCUCGCAACUCAUGCGUUUCGGGGCGUCCGAGGGCCAAAGCUUCACCCGCGGCGGUUCGUUCAUGAAGGACCACGAACUCAGUCUCUACGCCUCCGCCGCCUACCUCCUCAUGAUCGGCACUCUCAUCCCCGAAGACUCGGAAAACGUCAGAGUCACCUUCCAGACCAUAGUCUUCAACCGUGCCCUGCAAAACUUGUUCAGUGUGCGCCACUAUGUGUACCAUGACGGGAAGGAGUCGAUUGCGACGCUGGAAGAAGCCAUGAAGACCAUACAGUCGGUGGAGAUGGGACUGAAUGCCGCCAAUUGGGCGUUGAAGUUUUUCCAGUGUGCCGGCGAAGAGCAGACGGAGUUCGCGUCGGAUGUCUUUGUCACGAUCACGCGGUUGAUUUCAUCUGCUUUCCGGCCAGAGAGCGAAUUGGAAGACGUGGCGAAAUCUUGUAAUCGGGCUGCGUACAAUUGCUUGCUGACCAUUUACAGGAGAAGCGCGUCCAGUGGAUGCAAUCCGGAGAAGAAGCGGAUCGUCAUCAAGGGGAUUUUGGCGCGUGUGGCGGGCUCCAUCACCGGCAGCUUUUUCGGCAAAACUGAGUACGACCAGCGCGAAAUUGAGUGCAUGCGGAUGCACGCGACCGACUUCCUCUCCGGCAUGGUCAAGGAAUGGCGAGGUUUCUCUCCCAAAGACAACAUCAUGUGGUUACUGCUGCUCCAAAAAUUGACGACGAAAAGCGGGGAAAACCGCAAGAAACGCAUUGCCAAUUCCAUCGUUAACUUACUCGGCUUCUGUAAACCGGAGGUGUGGAUGUCCUUUUUGGGCUGGUUGCUGGGCAUUGGACACGGAAACCUUGUUUCUGUUCGCUUGCUCGCUGUGGAAGUCACGGGUUUGCUGUUGUUGGACGGAGACUCGUUAUUUCCGUCUGACUUUUCUGCGAUGCCCGUGGCCCUGGUUGCGCGGUGUUGUCUCGCCACCGGGUUCCGGAUCCCGCCGGUGGAAGAGGAGGCCCUGAAGGGGUUGGAUGCGAUUGCGGCUGCUGAAGAGAAGGCUGUGUUGGACUGGGAAGGUCACAUCCGUGCCCGAGGCAACAAGAGAAAAGAACCACAACGCGGUCAGACGACCAGUCUCCCAGACGACGCCAUUGCUGCCCGCUUGAACCACGAAACCGAAGACGAAGAGGAAAUGAGUGUCAAUCAACACGAACGUUUGUCCAGCGUCAUCACGGAAGAGCCGUAUGUCAGUAUAUUUUUGGGCAACAAACACGCCUUGUGCACGGAUGCCGUGGAAACGGACAUGAUUUCCUUCAUGGAAGGCGUCGUGUGCCGGAAAUUGUUUUUGUAUAUCCUGGGACGGUUGAGAGAUCCGUCUAUCGAGGUUCAGUGGCAUGCUUUGUUACUGCUGAUCAAGUGCUUGUCGAAUGACGGGAAUAAGGUGAAGAAGAUGGCCGAGGAAAUUCUGAGGGACGCUAUUGAAGAAGAUGAGAGCAAGUUGGAACGAAGGCAUUUACGUUGGACGGGACGAUCGAGCAAAUCGUCGAAAAACCCGGAGAAAAUACCUAUGAUGAUGGCAGCGAUAGCGGAGAUUGAAAAAGAACAAGGCCUGAAUGAUCCACUGAUUGCCCGGAAAAUGAUGGAAGUCUUGCUACAAAUGGCGAAGCACGAUUCGGCCAACAUCCGUCGGUCCGCUCUGUUGCUGCUCAUGAAAAUCUUCGAAAUGGUGCGGGAAUACGCUGUGUUGUUUCACGGUGGAGCAUUGAUGGCGGAACGAAGCAAAGACAAGUCCGUCUCAGUCCGGAAGCUCAUGAUCAAGGGUCUGCACGAAUUCCUCUGCAGUGACUCUGGGGACCCGCGUUUCAGAAGAGCCUGGGUCAUGGGAGUCUUGCCGCGUGCGUCCGACACGGAAGAGACUGUGCGGAAGGACGCCAUCGAGAGCAUUUACCACGUGAUGUUGGGGGAAAUCAAAUCUGGAGACUACACGAGUCUGAAUGACACGUUAGCCGUGGAAAUGCUUCGCUUGACGGACAAGCUUAAAAUGAACCAUCAUCUGGAAGACGCUGUUAAACGAUGGAAAGAGAAGAAACUUUUAGAGAAACCGAAGGAAUUUUUCGACCUCGUGAACGCACUGGGCACGGAGAAGAUGAAAGGAGCCGAGGACGACUUCAUGACGUUGAUUGCCUUGUUUGCGGAAGUCGUGUGGGACAUUCCCGUCGACGUGGCAUCCGCUUUGGUCACCUAUGCCAUGGGCAUUCUCGAAUGCCCCUGGAAUUUUUUAACACUGACGGUGGCGAACGCACUGCGAGCUGUGGAUCGAGUUUUCAGGAUCGUCAGUCGACACGAAAGGGAAGCUCUCGUUCACGUCUUAUCAGAGGGACUGAAAAAUUACCUGUACCCUCCGAGUACCCUCGGUCCCAUCGUCAAGUCGUUGCACAACUACGAGAUGGUCAUUCUGAACGACAGUGACCAAGUGAAGACCCUGUUUUUGAGGCGCCUUGAACAGUGUGACGAUGAUUUCACCAAGUACAUGGAAGCUGGAUCCGGAGAAGAAAUUCUCGAAAAUGAAGGAGUGGAGCAGUAUUCCGAGCAGAUGAGGAUCCGGUGCAUGUUCACAGUGACCCACAUGUGCGCCUUGUACAAUGAGUACAUUUCGAACGAUUUAAAGCUGCUCAAAUUACUCAAGGAGUACGCAUUUGGAGCCGGUUCCAAGGAUUAUGUUGGAUCACCUGCAGAACGCGCGCGAUUCCUGGCUGCUGUCCUUGUGGCCUUGGGCCAGCUCGCUGUGCAGGACGCAGACCUGGCCAAGAAGUGUGUGAAAAGGUACAGGGCGCUGUGCAAAGACCCGUGGUCUACUGUACGUGCGAAUGCAGCCUCUGCACUUGGGGCCAUCAUGUCGAGUCAUCAAGAAGUGAACGUGAGCGAUCUCUCGGACAUGUAUUCGUUGCUUUUUGAUACCGAUGUUCAUGUGCGGAGAACCGUUCUUUCAAUUGUUAUCGCACUGCUGCAACAGGAGUACGUGAAGCCGUUUGCGGAUAACUUAUUUGAGAAGCUGUUGCGUUGCACUCAGGACUCCGACCUGGAAAUGGCCACUUCCGCUUCGUAUUACCUCACGCAAAUGAUGCGGGACAAAUCGCCGAAAGUGUUUGGAGCCCGUUUGCCCGGAGCUGUGCAAUUGUUCAACGGAAUUCAAACUGAAGCCGUGCAAAUGAGUCGAAAGAGCAACUUUUCAGACGACCGCGUGCCAGACAGCGAAACCAGGCGAAAAAUUUACAUGUUGAUGGCCAGCGAGAUGGACGAUGUGACCAAGUUGAAGGUCAUCGAUUCCUUGGUCACCAAAUUCCUGGGGAAUGUUUCGAAGGCGCCUGAAAGAUUGACGGAGAAAAACGAACCUGUCAUUGAGGAUUGCUUGCGGAUCCUGGCUUUGAAAGAAAUGCAAUUGUCUCGGAAGAGCGGCGAAGCCGCAGUCCCGGAGCCGUUGGAGGAAGGGGAUUCCAGGGUUGCCAGGAGUGUUGAGAAAAAUGCGAAACGAUUGGAAAUAAUCAAGAAUUACGAGAGUCUGAUGCAGGGCACGAUAGCACCGACGCUGAUUGACCUCCGGAAAGUCCUCAUGAGCGUCAAGCAUCCUUUGCAACUGCAUCUGAACAGAUAUCUGUUGGAGCUUUACAAGUCAAACAAGAAGAAGACGGAAGACUUAUUCAAAGACGAGCCGAAGAUCGUACAGGAACUUGAACGCCUUUGCAAACCGCACGGAGAUUACGAUUAUUUGUCGCUGUCGGAAAACGGGGAAGAAGACGAGUCGCAUCCGGGGGAGUCGUGAUUUUGUACCUCAAACGCUUGAUGUGUGAUGAACCCGGAGUAUGGGUUGAAAAGGUUUUUUUGUGUGUUUCCUUUUUGUAAUCCUUGCUCGGAGUAGCCCGACCCACCUUUAAUUGUGUUCUUGUGUUGCAAGACUUGCAACCAUUGGCAUCUUUUCUGGCAGUUGAAAGGCUGAUCUUGGAAGAUAGGUUUUCAGAAGAGCAGAUCAUACGAGUACAUGUACAUUUUUUUCAUGCAUUAAAAUGCUUUUUCAUGUUUCUCCGUCGAAAGUAUGUUUUCUGAAACAAGGUAGGAAAUGUUGAAUGCAUUUAUUUCGUUGUUGAUAAGAAUUAAUUUUUCCCCGGAGGAUUCUGCUUUCGAAAAGUAAGACUUCUUAUGACAACUUCGAGAUUCCAUGUACAAUAUUAGUGAUUCGAUAGGGUUACUGAAUUACUGUACUCAUUAUUGAAGGGGUAUAGAACAUACCACAAUCUUACAUAUUAUGUUACUUUUGGCUUGGACGCGAAGUGAUUUUUCCAUGUUGAUUUAAUCAUUAAUUAUCGUUUGAAAGAUAAGGGAAGAAUGCAUAACACGUAUUCGAAAAAAUUUAAAUGAUGAAUUUUACCGCCAUUAGGGCUGUAGCAGCGAUGAUAACAGCCUUUACUUCAGUUUAAGUCUUCCUCCUUGAAUGUUUGCUAAUGGUUGGGCAAAGUGCUAUACUUGACUUGACUAAGGUAUGGCAAAUUCUAGAAUGUGUAACUACAGUACCUGGGGUUCGGGCGUGAACCAGCAGGGAAACCUCGUUCUCUGAAGUGGAAAAGGAAUGAAACGCUUCUGAAGCACCGAACUGUGCAUGAUAUUAUGAAUGGAGCGCUUGUUGAGACAUGAUUUACGCUUAGUUUUUGAUGUUUUCAGUGUCUUUGAAGGACUGCAGAAAUACAUUUUGUAUGAUUUUUUGCAAGUCCAA